AUAUGUUGAAACUCCAAUUUUUACAGGCUGGACGUCAAUCAGAGUGUCUCCAACUAACUUCCCCAUAAAAGACGUAGCCCUAUUGAUUGGGAACGACUUAGCGGAAGAAGGAAUAUGGAAAGAGCCCAUAGGAAGGAGUCCAUCCUAUAGAUUGCCCACACAAAUAAUAUCCUCUACUACUCAUCCAAGGAAGUCCGAGCCAAGAGUAGACGCUCUGUGCCAAGGAAAAGGAACAGAUCCUCCUAGUUGACUAAGCAGAAUAUGGGUAUCAUCGUCAAACUUGUCAAGAGCUAUGAGUCCUUACUUUUCCAAAAGCAAAGUAGGAAUUACCGAUAGCCAGUUGUUGCAAGUAAAUUCCUUUAGGGAUACGGGUCCUACUUAACAUUAUUAAGAGAAGGACUGUUAUCAUUCCCCGCUGGAUCAUAUACGGGUUUCGACGCUCUGUUGGAAGCUUAUGGUGGCUCCACUAAGCGAGUACCCCUGUACAAGUUAUAUGUUGAAACUCCUAUUUUUACAGGCUGGACGUCAAUCGGAGUGUCUCCAACUAACUUCCCCAUAAAAGACGUAGACCUAUUGAUUGGGAACGACUUAGCAGAAGAAGGAAUAUGGAAAGAGCCCAUAGUUAUGGAAAAUCCAACCAAGGAAAAUUACGUCAUCGAAACCCGACGAACGGAACCUACCCUCUUUCCUCUGAGCAUAGUAACCUGGGCAAUGACCAAACAGUCGCGUUCUCCAUUGGUAUCGGAGGAAGUCAUGGACGACGUCGACGUAGGAGUAGGAGACAUAUUCAACGAAAGCUCAAGUGUCGAGCCAACAAUCCACCCAGAACCGAUACCAGUUCCUAAGUCGGUGGUUUCCGAAAUAGAUUUAUUCUCGAAGGAGGAUCUAGUAAGAGAACUCCGAAUAGAGCCUUCCUUAAGUGACCUCAGGAAGCUUGCUGUGUUGGGAGAAGAAGCCCUUAAAAGUGACAGCUCGAACUAUUGGGAGAAGGACUUACUGAAAAAGAAACUAGGAUCUCUUAAAAGUGAUCAUCUACUGGUCUUGCCUACCCCGUUUAGAAAUUUAGCAUGUAAGUUUGCUCAUGACAGUCCUCAAGGUGGACAUCUGGGACAAAAGAAGACUUUUAGAAAAAUUGCUAAGCACUUCACAUGGCCAAAAUGAAGGAAGAAGUGGAACGGUAUGUAAGAAGCUGUUCCAUGUGUCAACUAGUACGCAAACCUGCACAUAAUCCACCAC